GCCGCGAAUCGGCUCUUGCCCCAUCCGAGCCUUCGUCCUCUCUCUCCUCCUCUCCUUCUUCGUCUUCUUCCUCUUCCCGAUCUGCCUCGUCCCUUGGUGCUGAGAUUUUCAGGGAGCAGGAUGAACCAUCGCCAGCCGGAGCAUGAGCCCCUCGAGCAUUUCCAGACGCCGCUUGCAGAUCGUUUGUUGUGGCAUCAGUUCAAUGAGGAAAGGCAGUUGCGAUACGACAUUCAGCAGGUGAACGUGUCAGCGCCUGGGGUUGCUGAUCUGGCGGCGUACUCGUUACUUUGUGAUCGGAUGAUGUAUGCGGGGGUGUACGUGGACGUGACGCCGUUGCCUGGGCGGGAGACGACUCGAGUGUUCAUCGAGUUCCGCGCGCUCCAGGUGGCACCUAACUUCGUGCAUAGCGUCGCCACCUUUAUCGGAGNGGCAUUUACGAGGAUGAACCAUCGCCAGCCGGAGCAUGAGCCCCUCGAGCAUUUCCAGACGCCGCUUGCAGAUCGUUUGUUGUGGCAUCAGUUCAAUGAGGAAAGGCAGUUGCGAUACGACAUUCAGCAGGUGAACGUGUCAGCGCCUGGGGUUGCUGAUCUGGCGGCGUACUCGUUACUUUGUGAUCGGAUGAUGUAUGCGGGGGUGUACGUGGACGUGACGCCGUUGCCUGGGCGGGAGACGACUCGAGUGUUCAUCGAGUUCCGCGCGCUCCAGGUGGCACCUAACUUCGUGCAUAGCGUCGCCACCUUUAUCGGAGACUUGACGAUCCUGCCGCAGCUGAGUCGGGAGCCGGCGCGAAGCUUUGUGCGCGAAUACGCGGUGCAGGCGGCUAGAUCAGUGGCCAGAGUGCAAGGACGGGGAGGACAUCGAUUCACAGCCCACGAAGCACUGUUACGCAGGGCGGAUAACGGACCAAUUGCGUUGGUGCCACAGCUCCCCGCGGGCCCUUAUCCUAUGCGCGAGUUCUCGAAGUAUCUGAUGGAGCUGACUGACGUGGAGCCGCUGCCCUUCGUAGACGAAGACGCGUGGGAAUUGCACCGCGCGCUAUACAUGUCGGUGGUGUUGGGGAUGUUCCGGUUCUUCGUGGAUCACGAAGAUCACUGCAUCGGGGAGCACUUUGUCGUUUAUUACGUCAUCACGCGGCCCAAGCCAGCACAGAAGAAGGGGACAGUGGCGUUGUACCCAUUUGCCCAGCUACAGACGACCGAUCCGGGAUUGUUGGAACUCAUACAUCUUGAGCUCCUAUCUAUUGCGCAAGUGAUCGCGAGCGAGGAAGAGGAGGUCCAGCCACGAUUGCGGAUGGCGGCUGCCCCACGGAGAACGUACAACGCGGCCGCCAUCCCGGAUUUCAUUGCGCAGCACGAGGAGAGGUUAGAGGAUUUCCCUGAGGAAAAGCCGCUGCGACCUCCCUCAUCGUAUCCCAGACCUGCGCCGCCAAAGGCCCCCAAGAAGACGCCAAAGAGAAAGAGACGCCACCCAUCGCCAGGAGCGCAAGGUAGCCAAAUCGGUGGCGGCGAGGAGGUGGUUCAGCCCGUGCGCACGCGGAAUCUCGGCCCGGUGCCUGGGAGUGUGGCGACACUGGUUAAGGAGAUUGUCGUGCCAUCGCCGCCCUUCCCACGCGUGCCCAUCUCAAUCUCGAUGGAGCCGGGCCAUCAGCCGCAGCAGCAGCCGGAGGAGGAAGCCGAAUGGGAUUACCGGAUCCCGUAUCCAGAUCCCCCGUCCUCGCCGGACCUUUCCGCUUUCGCCAGCCACCCCGGAGUGCCCCGAUCAUUGACAUUAGUAGUUCCUCCGAGCCGGACGGUCCAUCCGACCGAGGUGGAUUUCAUGGUGGAGCCCACCACCAUCAGGCUCGAGGCCAUUGCGGAGGCGCCGCGCCCUGAUCCGGCGUGGGAGCCAUAUCUGACACCCCCUUUUCAAGGGUGUAUCGCGGGGAUGCUCAUCUACGAGACCGGGCAACGUCCCAAUGUGAUGUAUCACUUCCUUGUCUUCGCGGCACAGAAGCGGGAGCGGCGGCCCUACACCGAGACUCAUCUGAUGAUGACGGGUCCCAGACCACGAUCGGUGCGCAAACGGGUGGUGCGAGCGGUGGCGGAUUUGGCGCCACGUGUCCUAUCUCAUGAUGGCCUUCAGCAUUGCCACACUCUUCCACCAUCUUAGCUUUAUAUCUCGGAUCAACCACGUGGUCCGUCUAGCAUGGUUUUUGUCCUCAAAUCCGCCCAAUAGUCCUUGAAAGAAUUCCUCUAGAGCGGCUAUAAGGAAGU